UCCUUUUCUUUCUUUCUUUUUUUUUCCAUUGACUUCAUUCACAUUAUGACUACUUCUAUCAAAACUAUCCAAACUCAACCUUUUGAAGGACAAAAACCGGGUACUUCUGGUUUACGUAAACGCGUCAAGAUUUUUCAACAACCUCAUUAUACUGAAAACUUCAUCCAGGCCAUCUUAAAUUCUAUUCCUCAAAGUGAAGGUGGAGCAAAAGGUGCUACUUUGGUUGUUGGUGGUGAUGGUCGAUAUUAUUUGGACCAAGUACUUCAAAUUAUUGUUAAGCUUAGUGCUGCUGCUGGUGUAAGCAAACUGAUUGUAGGUCAAAAUGGUAUUGUAUCUACUCCUGCUGUAUCUCAUUUGAUUCGUCAAAGAAAAGCAACUGGAGGUAUUCUAUUGACUGCUUCUCACAACCCUGGAGGUCCAGACAAUGAUUUUGGUAUCAAGUACAAUAUGUCCAAUGGCGGUCCCGCUCCUGAAAACGUGACAAACCGAAUUUAUGAAUUCACAAAAACGAUUAAAGAAUACAAGUUUGCAGAUGUUCCAAAGGUGGACUUUUCUCAACUAGGAACACAACAAGCUGGUGAUAUGACAAUUGAAAUCAUUGAUGGAGUCUCUGAUUAUAUUGAUAUGCUGAAAACCAUUUUUGAUUUUGAUGCUAUCAAGGAUUUUUUCAAAAACAACAAAAAUUAUAAAGUAUUAUUCGAUGGCAUGAAUGGUGUGACUGGACCUUAUGGUUAUAGAUUAUUUGUUGAGGAACUUGGACUUCCAGAAUCAAGUGUGAUGCGAUAUAAACCCUUACCUGAUUUUGGUGGAGCUCAUCCUGAUCCCAAUUUAACCUAUGCUCAUGAUUUGGUAGAACGUGUGAACAAGGAAGGUUAUGAUUUUGGCGCUGCUUCAGAUGGUGAUGGUGAUCGAAAUAUGAUUAUUGGUGGUAACAAUGCAUUCGUGACUCCCAGUGAUAGUGUAGCUAUUAUUGCUCAUUAUGCUAAGGAUGCUAUUCCUUAUUUCAAGAAACAUGGUGUACAUGGUCUUGCUCGUAGUAUGCCAACAUCAUUGGCUUUGGAUCGUGUGGCAGAAAAACAAGGAUUGGAACAUUUUGAAGUCCCCACUGGAUGGAAGUUUUUUGGUAACUUGAUGGAUGCUCAACGUUGUUCUAUUUGUGGUGAAGAAUCAUUUGGUACAGGCUCGGAUCAUAUUCGUGAAAAGGAUGGUGUAUGGGCUAUCAUGGCAUGGAUCAGUGUCAUUGCUUAUGUCAACAAACAGCAACCAGGUUCUAGUGUACAUGAUAUUCUUCAAUCUCAUUACAAAACUUAUGGUCGCAACUUUUUCUCAAGAUACGAUUAUGAAGAUGUAGAAGGACAGGGUGCUGAUGAUAUGGUAGCAAGACUUGGUGAAAAAAUUGAAAGUGGUGAAUGGGUUGGAAAGACAUUUGGUGCAUUCAAGGUCAAAACUAUGGAUAACUUUUCUUAUCACGAUCCUAUUGAUGGUAGCGUUUCAAAAAAUCAAGGUGUUCGUAUUAUUUUUGAAGAUACUUCUCGUGUUAUCAUCCGUCUUUCUGGUACUGGUUCUCAAGGUGCUACUGUCCGUCUCUAUGUGGAAAAAUACUCUAAUAAUCCAUCUGAAUAUUCUCAUGCCACUCAAGAUGCUUUGAAACCUUUGAUCGAUGUCGCCCUGGAUUUAUGUCAAUUGGAACAUUAUACCGGACGCAAGGCUCCUACUGUCAUUACUUAGAUUGAUCUAGUUAGUACUCACUCAUAUAUUACAUACUUUUUUUUUUUUUUUUGUAUCUUCUUCAACAAUCCAUAAUAAAAUUUUGAGUCAUCUUCAGUCUUGUA